CUACGCUACCACAGGUACCUCUCCUUCUCACUCUCACAAAGCGCCGUCCUUUUAAAGCACAGAAAUCGCACAUUCAAAAUGGGCAGCAUCUCCAUCAGAAAAUACAUUCGCUGGCCACCAGCCCCGGCAGCAGAGCCAACAUCCACCAUGGUCCUGACUUCACCAGGCCGGCGGUUCGUGGACCUGCGCGUGAUGCUACCGCUCCCUUCCAACCACGAGGAAGGAGGGGUCAGCCAUCUGCCGGUCUCCAGUGUCGACUGGGCCAUCGCCGGGACCUCGGAGUCGGGGAUCCGCAAGGGCGCGGACGGCGAGGACAUUUCGCACUCCAAAUGGACGCACUGGAUCGACUCGCGCACGCAGCUCGAUCCCGUGGACUUGGUCGCGGACGAGGGCGACAUGUUCCCGCAGCUGGACGGAACGACGCUGGAAAAAGGCCGCAUGUUGAACCCGGAAGUUGGCGUCGAGGCCGACUAUGAGGAGCUCUGGGAUGAUGGGGAACCUACCCCUGGGGCCCUCGGCGAAGACGGUCAGGCCAGGCCGUUGGUCGGCGGCGCUGCCCGGUGCAUCGUGAUGCAAAUGGAGGAUCAGAAUCUUCGAGCUCGCGGCAGCGUUGUGCUUCUCGGACAGUAUUGUCAGGGGUUUGUCAGGAUUGGGGACGAGAUUGCUGCGCAAAGAUGGGAAUGGCAACUUGGCCGCGGAUGGGCAAUGACUAUAAAGAUAGGGGAACUAGCUCUGCCUUGCCUCGAGAUCAUCCGCCAGGCAACAAACAAAGCGGCUGAUCAGGAACUUCAGUUUGGACAACAGUUAUGGAAGCUAAAAGAAUCCGUGCCUUGACUGAUGUUUCGGCCCACUUUGACUUAUCGAUCUAUACUAAAGUCUACAGAUCAAGCUGGUCCAACCUCGACCAUUACGCUGUCUGCCGUCAAUGGUACCUGCCAACCCCCGCGAACUUGUGCAACCCCAGAAGUCGUGACCGUGAACGAUGAC